AUGAGCAAAUUUCUGGGCAAUUACACUGGGUCGUGGGACACAUUUGUGGAGCUAUUCGCCCAUGGUCACUUAGCGCACGGUGACUGGCUUCAGCACGUGGAGGGCUACUGGCGGCUACACCAGCAAAAUCCCAACCAAGUGCUAUUCAUAUCGUACGAAGAGCUCAAAACUGAUUUACCCAAAAUGAUUGCACUCAUCGCCCGCUUUGUGGGCAAUAAUCUCACGGAUGAGAUAAUACAGAAAAUAUCUAACCAUUGCUCGUUCGCUGAGAUGAAAGAUAACAAGAUGGUCAAUCGCGAGAAAUUGCCCAUCAAGGGCCUUUUCGACAUGACCCAGUCCAAGUUUAUGCGCAAGGGCAUUAUUGGCGACUGGCGCAAUCAUUUUAGUGAUGCACAAAGCGAUUUGUUUGAUAAGGUGUAUAGCAAUCGGCUCCGGGAGUUGGGUAUUAACUUGUGCUACGAUAGCGAUGAUGCCGUGACUCGUAUGCAACCUUAUGGUAGAAUUAUUUAUGAUAGCGUAGAUCAAAGUAAUUUGUGA